GGGUUUUAGGGACUACUAUGAUGUAUACACAGUGACAUGAAGCUGUCACGCCAUUUGAAAAGUACUGAGUGGUGUGAAGACUUGCUCUAGUGAGAUGAAUACCAUAUAGUCAACCUUCCUUCUGGUUAAACCCAAUGUCUCCAACAGCAACAUCCCGAAGCGCCACCCUCGUCACCGAAGACGAGGAAGAAAACGGGACUUACACCAAUGACAGAGGGGUCACAAGAUGCUCAUGCUGUGUGAAUCCUUCAUCGCUGCUUGAGCCCAUCGACCUUUCCGAUAGGCACGACACCAGUCUCCUCGAUGAAAACGAAAACACUUUCUGUCUCUGGCCGCUUUUCGGUCCUAUACUGUUCGAAAAUGAGAGUAGCGACUGUAGAGAUCAUUGCGCGAACGAGAGAACGUUCCUAUCGUUCCUUCGCUUGUCCAUCUACAUGGCCAUCGUUUCCGUCGCCAUAGUGCUCUCGUUCCACCUUCGCAAGGCAGCUAGCGAUUUGGAGUUGCGGAUGGCGAAGCCGUUGGGCAUCAUUUUCUGGGGGCUUUCUGUCUCUUGCCUUGGUGUAGGAGUGGCCAAUUAUAUCCGUACGUCAUGGUUGAUUUGGAAAACCGUGAACAAGUAUAGCCGUAGGGCAGCAAUUGUACAGACAGGCUGGAGAACACAAGUCAUUAUGGGAAUCAUUGCCCUUUCCAUAUUCGGGGCAUGUAUUACGCUUCUAGUUGUGAACAAGUAUGGAGAGCAGGCUGAUGAGUAGUGACUGAGGAGGAUAUCAUCCACGGAACUUGGUUUCGACAUGUUGCGACAAAUGUCAGAUGUCAGUAGAGACAAAAGAUUGUCGACGAUAUGCAUCGCACUUGUAUCUGAACAGCGAAUAAGUA